AUGCCAACGUCGGCAUCCGCGCCACUUCCGCUGGCUCAAGCCCGCUUGCUACUCGUAUUCUUUGCUUCUUUUAGCGGAGAGCCGCAGCUCAUACGACAGGCUCUGGUUGGUUGCGGGUUCCUGUCCGCCGAAUUCCGGUCAAGAAUGUCACGAAUGAGGCCUGUUUCCACAGCCACAGAACUAUCGGACUGGCGAACCUGGGUUGAACAUGAGUCAACAAAGCGCUUGAUGUGCAGCAGCAUGAUUCUUGGGAACUUACUUGUGAUUACGUACGGGAUGGUCCCGGGCUUUUCUAUCCUCGAGGAUGCCGACAUUGGCAUACCUGCCGAUGAUGCCCUGUGGGAAGCAAAGACGGCCUCUGACUGGGAAACUCUAACAGCAAAUAAACCGCUGUCAUCCCAUCUAGGUCUUCGCGAGGCAACUUCCGCCAUAUUCGGUCAGACGCCUCUUGAAAAUAAGUCAGAUGUCUGUUGGGAGUGGUCGCCGUUCGCUGCCUCGGUGGUUAUGCACAGCGUUGCUAUCGCUAUCUGGUACCUUACACAAGGGCAGCAAGUAUGCCACAGCGCCAUUCGUAACUCAAAGGAAAGACAUGACGCAAGUCAAAUUGCCGCGGCUCUCUCUAGAUGUCGAGAUUUGCUUGCAGGAGUUGCAGACGCGCAAACUGGUACCGAAGGUACAUGGAAUGAAGCCGAAAGCCCCCUGCUGUUCAAUGCAUUUGCCAUAUUACGCGUCUCAUACGGGAGGGCAUUCAUCAGAUUCCACUCUCUAGAUCGCUCUCUACUGUUCAAGGAGAGUAGCCAGGUCAUGCUGUCAAUCUUGAGACGCUAUUUCGAAGCUGUACAAGAUCGAGACCCCUUCAUGACCAUGGCAGUCAGCUGUGCUCUUGAGGGAUUCGCCAUACCAAUACGAGCGGGUAUUCUGCUCAUGCGAAAGACGGCUGCGUUCAAAUGGAGUGUGGAACACGCCUUAGCAAGCUGGGAUGCCGGUCUACUUGUUACGAAAUGGUUAUACGCUGUUGAAUGCUCAUAUCGGACGAACGAAUCUGUCACACCCGAGGAAAAGCAGGUCUUGGACAGCGUCAGGCAGCUCUUGAACGAAGUUGAGAGCCAUAGGUCUGAGCAAUCAUCGCUAGCAGCAGAGCUGGCCCGUAUGUGGGCAAGUAUCUACGACGACACGUGGGUUUGGGGAGUUGCACCGCGGAUCGGCUGGGUUCUCCGGGAACUUGCCAAUAUGUAUGAAACUGGCAUCGUUGCUGUAUGA